CCUCGUCCGGCGGCCGCGGGCCGCUUCGCGGACUGAGCCGCCUGGGAGGGCGGAGUCCGGCCGCGCCGGCCCCGCGCAGGCCCCGCCCCCGCCUGGGUCGCGGCCCGGAAUUCGGCGCUGGGGCGGUGGAUCCUCGCCAGCAUGGUCCCCCUGGGGCUUGUAUUUGAGUUGGUGCUGCCGUUAAUCCUGUGGGCCGACAUAAGUGCAGGUGUUGGUUUUCGCUUUGCUUCGUACAUCCAUGAUUACAUGGUGCUGCAGAAGGAGCCUGCAGGGGCAGUGAUCUGGGGCUAUGGCGUAUCUGGAGCCACAGUGACAGUGACUCUGUGGCAAGAUCAGGAAACCAUCAUGAAGAAAGUGACCAGUGUGAAAGCACACUCUAAUAGCUGGAUGGUGGUACUGGAUCCGAUGAAGCCUGGUGGACCUUAUAAAAUGAUGGCACAGCAGACUUUUGGGACAAUGAACUUCACCCUGAGCGUUCAUGAUGUCUUAUUUGGAGAUGUCUGGCUUUGCAGUGGGCAAAGUAACAUGCAGAUGACGGUUUCCCAGAUAUUUAAUGCUACAAGUGAGCUGUCUAACACUGCUGCCUAUCAGUCUGUCCGCAUUCUCUCUGUGUCUCUUGUUGAGGCAGAGCAGGAGCUGGAGGACCUUCCUGAGGUUGACUUGCAAUGGUCUAAGCCUACCGCAGAAAACUUGGGCCAUGGAAGUUUCCAGUACAUGUCAGCAGUGUGCUGGCUCUUUGGGCGUUACCUGUAUGACACUCUGCAGUAUCCCAUUGGGCUGCUUGCCUCCUCGUGGGGUGGGACACCCAUUGAAGCCUGGUCAUCUGGAAGGUCACUGAAAGCCUGUGGGGUCCCUAGGUUCACUGCAUCUGAUUUUGUAGCCGGUCCCAGUCAGCACUCUGUUCUCUGGAAUGCCAUGAUCCAUCCGCUACAUAAUAUGACUCUGAAAGGGGUGAUAUGGUAUCAGGGGGAGUCUAAUAUAAAUAUUAACAGAGACUUGUACAACUGCACAUUCCCUGCGCUCAUUGAAGACUGGCGCCAAACCUUCCACCGUGGCUCCCAGGGGCAGACAGAGCGUUUCUUCCCAUUUGGAUUUGUUCAGUUAUCUUCUUAUUGGUCUGCUGCAACCUCAGAUGAUGAAUUUCCUGAGAUCCGUUGGCAUCAAACAGCAGACUUUGGCUAUGUUCCCAACCUAAGGAUGCCCAACACUUUCAUGGCUGUAGCUAUGGAUCUCGGUGAUUGGAACUCAUCUUUUGGCAGCAUCCACCCUCGAGAUAAACAGACUGUGGCAUAUAGGCUGCAUUUGGGGGCCCGUGCUGUGGCUUAUGGUGAGAAGAAUUUGAUCUUUCAAGGACCACUGCCUGAGAAGAUCGAGCUCUUGACUGACAAGGGGCUGCUCAACCUCACAUAUUCUCAGCAAAUCCACGUGCAGAGGCAGGACAAGAUAUUUGAGAUCUCAUGUUGCAGGGACCAGCGAUGCAAGUGGCUUCCAGCUCCUAUGAACACUUUCUCCACCCAGACCCUGGACCUGAAUAUCAGUUCUUGUCAUGACACUGUGGUUGCUGUUCGCUAUGCCUGGGCCACAUGGCCCUGUGAAUAUAAACAGUGUCCCCUAUACCACCCCACCAGUACCCUGCCAGCUCCUCCCUUCAUUGCUUUCAUUACAAACCAGACUCCUGGAUAUCACAGCAAGGUCAUGAAAUAAUUUAGCUGCAAUAUGAUCAUAUCUUAGAUGGAAGUGUGGAUCCUUUAGAUUUUGGCAUUUAGGAGUUUAAAUGAUGACAACUAUUGCUUUUAAAGGAAAUUAAUACAAGGUCUCAUUGGACAGCCCCAGCUAGCACAUGGCUGUUUCUGUAUUCUGAGAUGAUCCAGGGCUCCUAGGCAAAUGAAAUGAUUACUUUCUCCCCCGGUUGGUCUAGGUGUCUGUAUUGGACUAAUUCCAAACUACAAAUUGAACCUCAUUGUCAUUCACUUCCUUCAUUAUUGGGAGUGCAGUGUCUAACACUUUUGUCCCCUUACAUUCAGAGUUGUGGAAACUCAGGAUUGGCAGAGAUUUCAAGGCCAUGUAGGCCAGGUAGUAUUUAUAUGUACUUUACAAAAUUUGACAAGUGGUUAUUGAAUUUCUGUAUAAAGUUUCCAUUCUAAACUUCCCAAGUUUUUCCUUAUGUUGAACUGAAAUCUUUCUUCCACUAUCCAACCAUCUAUCAGAUAACUGAAGAUAGCCCUAUUUGUGUUCUAAGCCCCAAACAAUUCUGUUCCUUCAAUCUAAAUAAUGAAAAUGUGAAUGUUGAAAACCAACAAACCAGGACCCUGUGCAGGCAUUUGGGGGAGAUGCUGAGGGAUUGCUUUAAGGAACAAAGAGAAAGGGUGAGGUGGUGGGAGCCCAGGAUGGCCCUCAGGCUGCCCGGAGCAGGAGUGGGGGAAUCACAAGCUUUGAAAAAUAGGAGAGUGGAGGUCACUGAGAGGCAAACAGGUCGUUAGAGUUAAAUAUGAAUCUCAGGCUCUUUAAAGGUAAGAGGUUUAACUAUAAAAAGGAUGAUCCAGAUGGAAGAAAAAAGUCAGGCUGAAAGUAAAGCUACAUGAUAAGCGUUUAGAAAAAUAAUCCAGGUGGGGCAAAUAUGAAAGAGGGCUUAUGUGUGUACUCUGAGGAAUCAUAAUGCUGUUGAUUGGUUGAUUAAAAACAGCUAAUGGCACUUGAUAAUUGCGGUUAUCUACUAAAAGUUGGAAAUAAAAGUAUAAUCAUUAGUGGCAUGUAUACAUUUAUAUCCAGUCAAAACUGGGUUAGGAACGGGCUUGUAAAUUGUCCUUUGAAGCAUGAGAAAGGAGUAAGACUGUUACCUAUGAGUAGCUUCGAUUCCCUUAAUGUGAAAAAUGAGAACUAAAGCAGUAAGCAUCUCUCCCCACACCUGUCCCCCAAGUCAUCCUGGUGUAGCUCUGAACAUCAGGAAUAGCUUUGUCAGUGUCAGGAUUUUAUUUUAGUAAAAACCCAAAACAACUAUGUAGUCUGCAAGGAACUUUGGUUCCCCUGAGGACUUCCUAGUACCAUUAACUACUAACAGCCAUAUACAUCUGGCCUAAUGGGAACCAUGAAUGUAGUAACAGACUCCUGAGAAAAAGUAAAUCUAUCCAGCCACCCCUCCCCACCCCCAAUACACAUACACUCAGGGGUUCUUCUAGUUUGGAAGCAGCUGGAGAUAGCUCAGCUCAGGUUCCUUUCACCCCCAACAACCUAGUGCACAGAGUGUAAAAAGUUAGGCUUAGGUAGUGGAUAUAUUAAUGGAGGCAUGUGAAUUUAUUUUUAAUGGUUGAAUAAUUUAAAGCAUUCUGUGAUAAUUCAGUUUAUUUCUCAAAUUAAAAUAACUUUUUACGGUUUGAAAAAUGAAAGUUAUAUCAUUGUAGAACAUUUGGAUGCUAGGAAAAAGCCUAAGUAAAACUCACCCCAAAAUUCAUAAUUUGGAGAGAAACACAAUAUUUUGGUCAACGGUCACUUGAUUUGUUUGGGUUGUAUUUUACAUAUUACAUGGUAUAUUAUCUUGUAAUUUGUGUUUCUGACUUAUUCUAGCAAAAUAAUUUUACUAUGUAAAUUGAAUAUAGAUUUAGUGUUUCAGUUUGUGGGAGCCCCAGGCUUUAUUUAACCAGUUUCCCAUUAGUAGACAUACAGGUUUUUUCUAAUUUUUCCUCUAUUAAACUAAUACCAUGAUAACUGUUACCUGCAAACAUCAUACCACUCUUAUUUCCUUAGGGUAAUUAAUGUCGAAUGACAUGUUUAAGGAUAAAUAUGUUUAAAAUUUUGAUUACCUACAGCUUAACCCUCCCAAAGUGUUCAACAGUUUACAUUCCCACCAAGGGAAUUUUUUCCCCUCAUUCUCAUUGACGUUGGAUGUCAAAUUUAAAAAAACCUUUUACAAUCCAGUAGAUGAAAAGAUAUUUUAGGUAUAUGACGGCAGUGUUUUUCAAGUUUUUUAAAAUGAUGAUCUAUAGUAAAAACAUUUUUAUUGUUCCAUGUAUCCCCAGUAUUUAUAUAAAUACAUAAACACACUAUAGUUGAAACCAAAGUUUCAACCUUUCAACAUGUGAUGCAUUCCAGUAUGUUCUUUAUUUAAUUUUAAAAGAUGCAGGUCUUGACUCCCUAAGUUUAAGAAUAACUAAUGGGUUGAGAUCUGUAGUCUGAAAAACACUGUUCUAGGAAAGCUACAAAGUGAAUACUCUUAUUAAACAGCACACUAACUUACUAAAAAAAUGUUAAAUGUCUUUCUUAAAAUGAGACUCUCUUUUAAUAUGUAUUUUACUCAGGCUGUAACAGAAUGGAAAGAUAUUUGCUAUAUGAGAAAAGCAGCAUAUAUCAUUUCUGUACAAGUGCAAAUAUGUUCAGGCAACUUAUGCAGAGAAAAAAGACUAAUGAAAAACAUUAAAAAAUUAACAACUUUGAGUAAUCCCCUUUCCAUCCCUGAUUUGCUAUUAUCCAAUUUUAAUAAUUUUUUGCAAUGUAAAGUUAUACCAACUUAUAAAAUUAAUACCGUUUA